ACAACAAACUCACAAAACCUUGUUCUACGAGUCCAAUCAAGAGUUUUCUUUUCCCUUAAAUCUUGUCUUUCGUUAUUAAACUUGUUUAAACAACGUACAGAAGAAAUCUAAAGAGUUGAUCCUAGUCCUAUUACCACAUAUAAUACAAAAAUGGAGAUGAUAACUAAGAUGGUGUUGGAGAGACCAGUGGUGAUAUACAGCAAAAGCUCAUGUUGUAUGUCUCACACCGUCAAGACUUUGCUCUGCGAUUUUGGAGCGAAUCCAGCGGUUUACGAGCUAGACGAGGUGUCUAGAGGAAGGGAGAUUGAGCAGGCGCUUCUGCGGCUAGGUUGUAGCCCGGCGGUUCCAGCUGUUUUUAUAGGAGGAGAGUUGGUCGGUGGAGCCAACGAGGUCAUGAGUCUACACCUUAACGGAUCCUUAAUCCCUAUAUAUGCUUAAGCAGGCUGGUGCAUUGUGGGUUUGACUUAAUAUAUAACUAACUAGUUUACUUAACCCUAUAAGUUAAGUACGCAGAAUAAUGCUUUUUAAAGUUUUAACACAUCUAUGAUCUUUGAAAUGGUGAUAUGAUGAGCCCACGUCAGAUCAAUAAUCAGGGUGUUGUCUUCUUAUUUUACUUUUUUUACUUUCUUAUUGUACUUUUGAGGUUACUUACUUAACCUUAACACUAAAAUUAUGAAUGGUGACUAAGGAAUGAUUAGGAAUAAUGCAUUCCCUAACAUUCCUAUAAAAAAUCACCAUUCAUAAGGAAUAAUAAUUCUCUCACAUUCCCUCUC